AAUUUGCUGACGGACAAAGAUUAAGAUGUCGGAAAACGCGAAAAACAAUAGCUGCCUGCAUUGCAGCGUACUCAGUACGAAAUACCAGUACCAGGAGAUCUUCGAUGAGUUCGGAAUUGAACUGGGACUGCAGUCCCUACUGGCCAAGCACUUCCUGUUCGAAGUGUCUCCCGAUCCGCGGAAGCAGCAGCUUCUGUGCGAAGUUUGUGUCAACAAUCUCAUCCGCCUUUUUGAUAUUGAUGAACUGGAAAGAGAAAGAGAUGCUGCGAAGGAUGUGGCUCAGUGCAAAGAUCCCAAGGCGGAGGACCCCAUCAUCAUUACCGAUGUCCAAGCAACUUCACCAGCUGCAAAGCCCGUCAAGAAAGCUGCGCCCUCCAGACCCUUCACUAAGGUCCUGCGACCAGUGCCCAUUAUUCCCAUCCGGGAACCAAGUGCCCGGAUAAGAAAUAAAGCUGCUGCUGCUUCCCAUGUAACACCUGAUGCAUCUAGAUCUCCUGAGCCAUCACCACAGCCGUCUUCCCCAGAAGCUUCUGUCCUUAAAAACGAUAAUAAUCUGGUUGUGAAAGUCGCAGAUCAGGAGCAGUUCAGUGUCCUUAUACAAAAUAUUCUGGACGGAGAGGAAGCUAUUGUUGAGGAUGACACCGCAGUGAAAGAAGAGUCCAGUGAAGCUGUCCCCGUGGAAACAGAAACCCCGGGUCAAAUAGUCAUCCUAAACAGCGAGGCUGGGGCAGAAACUAAUCUGGAUGAGAAUGUUUACAUAUACGAGCAUAAUGAUGUUAUGGAUCCCAAUUUGGACAAUGUUAAGGUAAAACCAAUAAGUUGUUCGUCUAGAUUGGUAGCUCAAGCUGAAGAAAGUCAAAGCGAUGAUGACAUUGACGAGGGAGAGACUAGCAAUAUUGUUCUGUUUAACUUUGUGGACAUCAAAGAAAAGGAUGAUGUUGAUAAUAUACCAGAGUACUUGUCCACCGUGGUGAAGACAAGCUUUGAAAAGCUGACAUUUGAGUGGUGCACUGUGUGCAAGCACUGCUCCCUGAAGUGUCCCACAUUCGAGAGCCUUCUUGGUCAUUUGUUAAAGGCCCACAAAACACGAAAAGAUGUCCACCAGUGUCCCAUUGAAGGAUGCAACAAGGAGUUGAAAGGACGCAAAUUCUUAGCCAUGCAUCUUGUUAUGUUGCACGCACCAGUUGCUGAAAUUGCUAUCUAUGGCUGCUGUCCGGAAUGUAAACUGACGUUUUCAAACAUUUUGCAGUACAACAAGCAUUCUUGUGCUCAUGUAAUUAAAAAAAAGCGAGGUAUUCGCUCAUUUUGUGAAAUGUGUUCGCUAGAGUUUCCUUCUUGGAAGCGUUUUAAUUUCCACAACCAGUUCCAUCUAGAAAAGCAUAGACCUCGAGCGUGCUUCGUCUGUGACUAUGCCAGUACAAACAUAGAUGAACUUUUCCAGCAUUUGAAUUAUGCGCAUGAGCCAGUGGGAACCUUAUUCUGCGACCUUUGCGACCGUACUUUCCGGGACUCUUCUGUUUUUAUGGAGCACAAUAAGUCACAUGCCAAUGUUAGCAGCACGACCUACUCUUGCGGCGAAUGUAUGGCGAACUUUGAGUCGCGGGGUCGGCUAAAUGGACACAUGAGAGCGAUGCAUGGCAGCGUAAUAAGCUGUGAACUCUGUUCCCGCGAAUUUGCCACUGAAGCUACUUACAAUAUUCACAUGAAGAAGCAUCUGAUUAUCGAAAAAGAUGUGCACGUGUGCAGAACAUGCGGUCUUUUAAGUGACAGCCGCGAAACCCUUCUUGCGCAUGUGGAAUCCGUGAAGACUGCCUGUUUUGGCUCCAAGAUAUACGUGGAGCUCCUACGGGAUGCUUAUGUGUGCGAGUACUGCUCCUCGUACUUCAAAGAAAAGGACAGUCUCCAAGCCCAUCGUGACUCCGGGGUACAUAAGGAUGGAGUGUUUUGGUGUCAGCCCUGCGGCAAAGAAUUCGCGCAUAUGAAACUAUAUCGCCAUCACCUUCGGAACUAUCAACAACUUCGAGCGGACUCAACACAUCGCAGGCUAGAAAUUUGUGUUUACUACAUGUGCGAUCAAGAGAACUGCUCAGAGUCUUACGUGAACUGGAACUCCUUGUACACACACAAGCGCCGCACACACGAAUCUUCGAAUAAGCAAGCGGAGAGGAGUUCAAGGUCUGCCCAGGAAUGGGUUUGUCAGUUUUGCUUAAAAGAAUGCCGGUCCAAAAUGUCCUUGUCCGUUCAUGUGGCUAGGAGUCAUAACAAUGAUAACGUCACCUGUCCUUUAUGCAAUGCCUCAUACAAGAGCCGUGAUGCUCUGGCUAAGCACCAUGCCUAUUGGCAUGAACCAAUAGAGUGUCCGGAAUGCUUUAAAAUAGUCAAAAAUCGACGGAAUUAUGACACUCAUGUAAAUGUUGUGCAUUCGAAUAAGAAGCGCUAUUCUUGCAAUGUCUGUCAAAAGGGGUUUUAUCACAAAAGUGAAAUGGAGGCUCAUCAAAAGCUUCAUGGACAGUCUUACAACUGCGAACACUGCAGCUUCACCACCAGGAACAAAAAGUCCCUUUCUGUUCAUGUUCUUGGUCAGCACUAUAAGCGGUUUGCUUUCGAGUGCAACGUGUGUAAGAAGAGGUUUGGACGCAGUCAGGGAUUGAAGACGCACAUGCAGCGAGCCCAUGGGGAUAAAUACACGUGCCGCGACUACUUCGACGGCGGCUGUGGACGGACCUUUGUAAACAGUUCCCAGUUGAAUGUGCAUGUCCGAAAGGUCCACGACGGCAUUAUUUUGCUACAGGAGGAUGUGGUUGAAGAGGACGAAUGCAUUACCGAUGAUGUUCCAUCCACAUCUAAAAAGCGCUGCCUUCGCUUGAGUGAAAACAAUAUUGAGUUUAUAGAGGAAGCAGAUGGGGAUGAUAUAGAAAUGGGAGAGGAUGACGAUGAGGACGACGAUUUUAUCGACGAGAUCCAAGAUCAGGAUCCACAAAAUUGAGGCUGGUAAAUU